AUGUAAAAUCCAUAUUAGUCACUUGGUUUGUCAGAAGAUGCUGCUUUAAGUUAGAUAAAAGAAUAGUAUAGAGAGUUGUCAAAGGUGUUUCAUCCUGAUAAACAGAGUUAAGAGAAUUAUAAUUUAAGUGUGGAAACUUUUGAGAAAAUCGAUUAGGCGUACAAAAUUAUUGGGAAUGAGUUUAAUAAACUGGUUUAUGAUAAUUUUGGAUUCGCAGGAGUAUAGUUGCUAAUGGAAAAUAAGUAACAUUUUGAGUUGAUUGAAUGGCAAUUCCAUUAAGGCAAGAAUGUAAUCGAGGAUAUUAGGGUUUAAUUAUUACUUCUGAAGUUAGAAGAAGAAGAAUUGAACUCAUAUUCUACUUUGAAAUCAUUUUUAUGCGAGGCUUCAUUUUAAAACACAUUUAUUUGUACCACAAAUUAAAAUUAAAAAUGUGCCUUUAUAUAAUAAAUCUUACAAUUACCUCGUUGGAAAUAGUUUGAGUUUGCUUUGAAAUCAGAAAUCAAUCUGCUCAAUUACAAUAACAAAGAAGUAGAAAUCAGUAAAAACUAUUUAGUAACGGCAUUAAGUUUGAAUUUGCCGUUCAUCAAAGGUUGUGGCAUUGAAAUCUAACAAUAACUACCAAACAUGGAAAUAGAUUAAGUUACAUUUAAGAAAAAAAGUUCAUUUGGAGAAAUCCACUUCAAUCUCGCAAACAAUUAAUAAGGGGAUUAUGUACCUUAGAUUGUAGCAGCAAUUGGUAAAGAUUAAUCCUCAAUUCAAAUCACAUUCGAUGCCUAAGAAAAAUAGUUAAAUUUUGAUAAAUAACUAUCUGAAAGACUAACACUUUAAGGAUAUAUCAAACAAAAAAAUUAUAAUGCCUAACUAUCCUAUUAGGUUGUUAAAGAGUAAAAUUAUGGAUCCUGUCUCAGAUUAUGCUAUUUUAAAAAUGUUAAUAAGUCUUUGUUUCUCUUAUCAAGUGAUAUCAAAGUUCAAUAUACUCAUUUAAGAUUCGAUUGGCAAAGCACUAUAUCUGAUAGCAAUCAAAUGUCAGUUAUAUUUACAUUAAGAAAGAUGAAUUCAUAGAUCAGAUUCCCCUUUGCAUUUUAAGUUUAGAGUCUUAAAUCUUUAUUAUUUUGGAUUGUCGGUCCCUAAGUCCUUCCCUUCAUUUGGAAGAGAAAUUGGUUAAGUCCUUGGAAUGAUUUGCAAAAUAAGAAAAGAUAACUCUACCUACAUAAAAUUGAGGAGUAUUAAAAGUUUAAUGAGGAAACUAGGAGAAAUAUUGAAUAAGGUGAUAAUUUUUAAAAGGCUCUAUAAUUCGAAACUGAUUUGAAUGGUCUCAUUAUUACAUUAGCUUAUGCUGGUGAAUUAGGAGAUAUAAAUUAAUAUAUAUAGAAUAAAGUACCAAAUCAAUACUUGUCUAAUAUUAAGGAACAAUUAUAAGCCGAAAUACUUGACAGUGGAUUGUUUAUACCUCCUAAUUGUCUAGAUAAAUUAGAUGGAUUCUUCAAAGUUUCAAGCAAAAAGAAUUCAUCUCAUUAUUGGGGAUAUGUUGAAUAUAUUUAUAAAGGAAAGGCUGGAAACAAAAAGUGGAAUUGGGCAGAGCCUUUAUCCAUAGGAAAUGUUUGUAAAUAAAAUCAGUAUUCGAUAAUUGAAACUAUUUUGGGAUAUAUAUAUAAAUGA